AUGGUUUUGCUGGCUCUGGCCAUUGCUGUCCCGCUACUGCUGCUCCGCACCUCGGAAACCUCCGCUCAUUACUACGAGAUGAUGGGCACCUGUCGGAUGGUCUGCGACCCGUACAGCCCCAAACCGGCGGGGGCCACCGCCAUGGAGGUGAUCCAGAACGUGAACGGUGUCGCUCCGCUGCCGCCGAUGGCGCAAGGGAGUCGCGGGGAGCCGGGGCGACCGGGCAAACCGGGAUCCAGGGGCCCGCCGGGAGAACCGGGACCCCCGGGUCCGAGGGGGCCACCGGGAGAGCGCGGGGACAGUAAGCUCGCCUUCCCCGCGUUAGCCGGCGCCGUGGGGACUGAGAACGGAGAAACGGACGGUGUCAACUCCACGACGAACAGUUUCAGGAUCGCUUUUUACGUCGGUCUGAAGAAUCCACACGAGGGAUACGAGGUGUUAAAGUUCGACGACGUGAUUACAAACUUGGGAAACCACUACGAUCCGAGCACCGGGAAGUUCACGUGCCAUGUGUCCGGGAUCUAUUUCUUCACCUACCAUGUGCUGAUGCGGGGAGGAGACGGGACCAGCAUGUGGGCCGACCUGUGCAAAAACGGACAGGUUCGGGCCAGUGCCAUCGCUCAGGAUGCAGACCAGAACUACGACUAUGCCAGCAACAGUGCCGUGCUGCACUUGGACUCUGGAGAUGAGGUCUACGUCAAACUGGACGGCGGCAAAGCCCAUGGAGGCAACAACAACAAGUACAGCACCUUUUCUGGCUUUAUCUUAUACCCCGACUAAACACAUCACAACAGGUCCAUGGACAGUAAUCAUCACUGAAAAUUGUUUCCAGCAAAGUAUGUGGUCUAAUUUGUUUCUCUUCUGUUGAAGAUAGGUGCCAGAACAUGACUGUAUGGUCUGUUUAUUUAGUGAGACAUCUUUUCAUUUGUAUUUGAUUUAACUUAAGGUCAGCUGGAGGCUGCCGUCAUCAGACAAUAUGUAGUAUCAGCAAUAUGUUAUUUAAGUUUCUUUGAGUUAAGGUGAAGCCUUACUGGCUGCUCACAGGCAUAGCGGUUCGUAUAGUACAGUAUGUAAUAUUUUGACGCAAAUGCAUUGAAAUCAAGGAAAUGAAUUAACAUCAGAUUAGCAGUUUUGGGAGUAUGAAUUAGCCAGCAGUGUCAAGCCUUAAGGCCUGGUCAAACCAGCGUUGAAAACAGGGAACUUUUGCUGCAAAAAUCGGCAGAUUUCAGUGAAAUUGGCACAAUCAGUGGAUUUACACACAGGGACAAAGUUAAUCUGCACACACUUUAUACAUCAAGCUCAGUUUUGGUGAACUUCAACCCAAAAAUUUGCAGCCUUAACCAACUGCAAACCAUCUUGGAAGAGUCCAAAAUGGAGGAAGCUAACGUAGCUCAUUAGCUGUGAUGAAACAUCCAGUUUUAUUCAACCUCUUAUGUUGGGAGUAUAAACUGUUCUUCAUAGUAACCACACACGAGUCAGUGGUACAGAUAUUCUUUUGGAGAAAUUGAAUUUCCCAUUAGCGACUAAGCUAACAAGCUUAUAACUAAGAGUUAGCAAGCUAGCUAGCUUGGAGAGCUAUUUUCCCGCCUUUAGUAAAUGAAAUGAUGUACAAACUUGAGAACUAAAUGCCAAGGAGGCGUAGACAUCCCAGUAUAGAGACAACAGAAAGAAGCUACUUUGACUGACUAGAGCUAG